GCCAACACUGCUAUUCCAAUGAGCUAGAGUUUGCUCCCUGAAAUGCCCACACUGGCCCCCUUGCCUUUCUCUACACCCACUUCCUAACCGUGAAAGAUGUGAUGGAGUUUUACUUGGAGAUCGACCCUGUCACCUUGAACCUGAUCAUCCUAGUGGCAAGCUACGUCAUCUUGCUCUUGGUAUUCCUCAUCUCCUGCGUGCUGUAUGACUGCCGAGGCAAGGACCCCAGUAAGGAGUACGCUCCUGAGACCACUCUUGAUGCCCAGCCCUCCAUCCACUUGGUGGUGAUGCAGCAGAGCACGUCAGGGGACCUCUGGGCAAGGAGGCCCAGCCUUCAUUUUGGGGAUCCUGUUCCAUUAGGGAAGAAAAGCACAAUGGUAUGAGGUCGGCCAAGGGCUACUGGGGAGAGAGCACUAGACAUUCUGGACAAAUCCACGUGGCUGCGCUGGUCUUGCUGGGCUAUGUAAUUGGGAGUUCUGCCUUACCUUCUACGUUCUUGUCACCCUCUUUGUGGAUGAAGCAAACAUUUAAGAGACAGAGCGUGAACAGGGGAGGGGCAGAGAGAGAGAGACACAGAAUCUGAAACAGGCUCCAGGCUCUGAGCUGCCAGCACAGAGCCUGACGCGGGGCUCGAACCCAUGAACCGUGAGAUCAUGACCUGAGCCGAAGUCGGAUGCUUAACCGACUGAGCCACCCAGGCACCCCAUAGAAAAUGUUUUUUUUUUUUAAUAAAAAGCAAUCAUUUUCAA